CUCUCGUUUGACAACAUGCACCACCAGUGGCUUCUGUUAGCUGCGUGCUUUUGGGUGAUUUUCAUGUUUAUGGUUGCCAGCAAGUUCAUCACUUUGACCUUUAAAGACCCAGAUGUAUAUGGUGCCAAACAAGAGUUCCCAUUCCUGACAACUAUGCCAGAAUUAGAAAAAUUGCGAGAGGAGAAAUUUUUGCCUAAAGAACUAAAGCCAACUGGGAAAGUACUUUCUCGAAACCGACUUAACCAGCCCAUGGUCCACAUGGAGCGUCUGGAACUACUCAAAAACGUCUGCCGAGAUGCAGCUCUGAGGAAUCUCUCACACACCGCAGUUUCAAAGUUUGUCUUAGACAGAAUAUUUGUCUGCGACAAACACAAGAUUCUCUUCUGCCAGACACCCAAAGUGGGCAAUACGCAGUGGAAAAAAGUCCUGAUUGUUUUAAAUGGAGUUUUUCCUUCCAUUGAAGACAUCCCAGAAAAUGUGGUCCAUGACCAUGAAAAAAAUGGCCUACCACGUUUGUCUUCUUUCAGUGACUCUGAAAUUCAGAAACGCUUGAAAUCAUACUUCAAAUUUUUUAUUGUGAGAGAUCCCUUUGAAAGACUCAUUUCUGCCUUUAAGGACAAAUUUGUCCAUAACCCUCGGUUCGAGCCCUGGUAUCGGCAUGAGAUUGCCCCUGGCAUCAUUAGGAAAUACAGAAGGAACCGAACAGAAACCAAGGGUCUUCAGUUUGAGGACUUUGUGCGUUACUUGGGUGACCCAAACCAUAGGUGGUUAGAUCUCCAAUUUGGGGACCACAUCAUCCACUGGGUGACAUAUGUAGAACUCUGCGCCCCCUGUGAAAUAAACUACAGUGUGAUUGGGCACCAUGAGACCUUGGAGGAAGAUGCCCCCUAUAUCCUGAAAGAAGCUGGGAUUGAUCAUCUAGUAUCUUACCCAACGAUUCCUCCAGGCAUUACUGUGUAUAACAAGACCAAGGUGGAACACUACUUCUUGGGAGUAAGCAAAAGAGACAUCCGCCGUCUAUAUGCACGUUUUGAAGGAGACUUUAAGCUCUUUGGGUAUCAGAAGCCAGAUUUUUUGCUAAACUGA